GACGGCGGGCAGUUCCCGUGAGGACUGCGGGCCUCGCCUGCGUACGCCCGGGGCCGAAGCGUUCUCGGCAGCCUGACGCCCGCCGGGUGGGCCUUCCUCCGCCCGCCGCUGGGGCUCUGAGACGGCGGCGAGGCCUCUGGGCCGCCGUGUGUUCGCCCGCGCCGCGCGUCCCGACGCGGUACGUCGCCGGCGCCGCCGCUUCGCGUCAUGACUUCCGGGAGCCGCGGCCGCCAUCUUACUCGUGCGGAAGAGCCGCGACUGGGUGGGAGCCCGGAGCCGGAGAGUGCGGACGGGGCGGCCGCCGCCAUGCCGUCGUCGCCGCUGCGGGUGGCGGUGGUGUGUUCGAGCAACCAGAACCGUAGCAUGGAGGCCCACAACAUCCUCAGCAAACGGGGGUUCAGCGUCCGGUCGUUUGGAACAGGGACUCACGUGAAGCUACCAGGGCCGGCGCCCGACAAGCCCAACGUGUAUGACUUCAAAACCACGUACGACCAGAUGUACAACGACCUCCUUAGGAAAGACAAAGAACUCUACACACAGAACGGCAUUCUGCACAUGCUGGACAGAAAUAAACGGAUCAAGCCGAGGCCAGAAAGGUUCCAGAACUGCAAAGACCUGUUCGAUCUGAUCCUCACCUGCGAGGAGAGAGUGUAUGACCAGGUGGUGGAAGACUUGAACUCCAGAGAGCAGGAGACCUGCCAGCCAGUGCACGUGAUCAAUGUGGACAUCCAGGACAACCACGAGGAGGCCACCCUGGGGGCCUUCCUCAUCUGCGAGCUCUGCCAGUGCAUCCAGCACACGGAGGACAUGGAGAACGAGAUCGACGAGCUGCUGCAGGAGUUCGAGGAGAAGAGCGGCCGGGCCUUCCUGCACACCGUCUGCUUCUACUGAGCCCGCGGCCAGCGGCAGCCCACCUCCUCCCCACCCUGCCUUCUCGCCAAGGGCUGCCACCGCCCGCACUGUGCGCCCUGCUGCGAGGGCAGGCCCCGGCCCGAGGGCCGCGCUACCCCUCCACGUUCUGGGUGUGACAUUAAAGUUUCUUUAAGCAAAACAA